GUUUUUCUCUCAUUUUAUAACACGUUAUCAGCACGAAUUUGCUCAAAAAUCUCAAAAUCCUUGUUCUCCUCAAAAGGUAUAUUUAUUUUAUUUUCUUCAAUAAACAAACUAAAAUAUUUUCUUAAAAAAAAUAUGAGAAGUAUGCUCUGUGAUUGCCCACAGUUGGGAUCCUUCACAUCAGAAACUUAUAGUUAUAAAAAUAAAAUUAGAUAAAUUAAAAAGGAAUAAGUUUCCUCAUAAUAUCCGAAAAUCAUGUUUUUUUUAUAAAUUAAAACAGAGUAGAAUUUAGUACAAAGUAGUUUUAAAAAAAAAAUAAAUUAAAAAGAUAAAUUCGAAUUCAAUUAUGAACAUACCUUAAAUUAAUCUAUGCAUGAAUUGUAGACUCCCCGCAUAUAAAUUUCUUAUAAUUUAUUACUUGAAACUAUAUGGUACUGUAUUCUUCUUUGGUUUGAAACUAUAUGAAAGAGAGAGAGGGGAGCAUGAUAUAAACACUCCAAUCAACUAAUAGUGGAAGCAUAUUUUUCGUACUCAUCAGUAGAUUAGUUUGUCUUUUUCCUUUUGGUUCUUAAUAUCUUGAGUGAGUAUGUUUGUUUUCUUUUCGUACUGACCACUAGUUGAGGGAGUAUAUCUUUCUUUUAAAAGGCAUAGAGUAAAAAUUAUUAUACAUUAUUUAAAUUAUUUUGUCUUUUUCUUUUUGAUAUGGAAUACGUAUAUAUAUAUUUUAAAAAAAAUACUCUCGAAACAUGUGACCCACCCCUUCCCUUAUUAUUUUAUAUAUUCAUUACAUGGAAUCUUGUAUGUUUUUCUUGUGAUGGUGUGUUGAACCAACUAAAAAAAAACGGAUAUUGAUUUUUCAUUUUUUGUAUUCAACUUAUCUAUAAAUUAAAAAAAAAACUAAUAAAUUUAAUUUAAUAUGUUGUAGUUAUUCCAUGGCCAACAUCACCAAAAGAGAAUUCGACAUUCUUGAUUUAUCCGGUCAAAGGUACCUGGAAUGGAGGAUUGAUGCACUUGCUCACCUUAAGGCUAAUGGCCUCGAAAAUACAAUUGCUGAGAAUAAUACAUCAUCAUCUCAGCAAAAGGCAAAAGCCAUAAUUUUCCUUCGCCACCACCUUCAUGAAACCCUACAAAUUUUGGCCAUCCGGAUCGUGGUUCAGCACCAGAAUCAAAUAUUAUCCAAGGUGGUGCUCGCGGACACUUUAAACGUGGACGCGGAAAUAACCGCAACAAAGGGCCGAACAGGGGCUAUAAAAAUCCAAAUGGAUCAUCCUCCAAAGAAAAGGAAAAUUCAAACCACCACAGGCUAAAACUUAUGAAAAGCCAAAACCAAGUGGUGAAUGCUACAAAUGUGGCAUAAAAGGACACUGGGCGAAUGAAUGUCGAACGGCAAAACAUUUGGUUAAAUUAUACCAGGCUUCCACAAAAGGAAAAGGGAAAAAUGUGGAAGCUAAUUAUGCUGAUGAUAUCAAUCCAAUUUUGCCUAAAUUUGACGUGUCCGAUUUCUACAUGGAUGAUGCUGAAAUUGGUGAUGAAGUGACCUUUGGUGGAACUACUACUAUUUAAACAUUUUCAUUUACUCCGUUAUGGUGUGUUUACUUUUUAAAUAAAUGUUAGAAAUUUGUAUUUUAUUUUCAUGUGUGCUUGUAUUAUUAUGUCUCUUCUAAAAAAAAUAAUGAUAAUAAAAUGCAAGAGACAAUACUUGAAACAAAAGACGUUCAUUCUUCAAAGAAAGAAAAUGAACGAACCGAGCAUGUUGAUAUAAAAAAUAAUAUUAACGAACAAUAUGUUUCAAAUGAGGAUUUAACCAUCUCUGAAGAUGCGAAUAAUUCAGAUGAAGAUAG